AAACACAGAAACACUCAUAAAGUAUGUCCCUAAUCACUUCCUCCAUCCUUUAACACUGCAUGUAUUCAUGUGACUUUCACUUCUCCACAACUUUCCCUGAAGAAGUGGUCCUCAACACAAAGAAUCUGUCAAGAGAAUCAUACACAUUACACUAACAGAGUGAAAACUCUUAGUGGGGUGCAGAGGUAUCACAAUUUUCAAGUUUGGUGGAGAUGGGAGUUGUCACUGUGGGAGAAUUCAAGUCCAGCAUUUCAGGGAAGAGGACUUUUCGUCCAAGUUCAAGCAUAAGGCAUGCCACUGAAUGGCCUAUAUCUGAUGUAUCUAGUGACCUUACCAUUGAAAUAGGAGCUUCAAGCUUUGCACUUCACAAGUUUCCUCUAGUUUCUCGGAGUGGAAGAAUUAGGAAACUUCUGUUAGAAGCAAAAGAUUCUAGAGCUUUGCGUGUAAGUCUCCCAAAUGUGCCAGGGGGUGCAGAGGCGUUUGAGCUUGCUGCAAAAUUCUGUUAUGGAAUUAAUGUUGAGUUCACCCUCUCCAAUGUUGCUAUGCUAAAAUGUGCUUCCCAUUUUCUCGAAAUGACAGAGGAAUUCGCGGAGAAAAAUUUGGAGACGCGAGCGGAGGCGUAUCUAAAGGAGACUGUGCUACCAAACAUAUCAAGCACAAUAUCUGUCCUUCACCGUUGCGAAACUCUUCUUCCCAUUGCAGAAGAGAUUAGCCUUGUUAGCAGGUUGAUCAAUGCAAUUGCUAACAAUGUGUGCAAAGAGCAGCUAACUUCUGGUUUACAAAAACUGGACCAUAACCAUUUUCCUUCUAAAUCUAUCUCAAACAUGGAACCUGAGACACCCUUAGAAUGGUGGGGAAAGUCACUCAAUGUUCUUAAUCUUGAUUUCUUCCAAAGAGUUUUGUCUGCAAUGAAGUCAAAGGGACUAAAACAAGAACUUAUCAGCAAAAUUUUGAUAAACUAUGCUCAUAAUUCUCUUCAAGGGAUGGUUGUUAGGGACCCUCAUGCUGUCAAAGGGAAACUUGACUUAGAAUUACAGAAGAAACAAAGGGUCAUUGUUGAAGCUAUAGCUGGAUUACUUCCAACUCAAUCAAGGAAAAGCCCGGUUCCAAUCGCGUUUCUCUCAAGUUUGUUGAAAGCUGCAAUAGCAGCUUCAGCUUCUGGCUCUUGCAGAGCUGAUUUGGAAAGGAGGAUUGGUUUGCAACUUGACCAGGCAAUUCUUGAAGACAUUCUGAUUCCAACAAACUCACAUCAAAAUAAUACUCACAGCACCAUUUAUGACACAGAUUCAAUUUUGAGGAUUUUUUCCAUCUUCCUGAACUUGGAUGAUGAGGAUGAAGAUGAUAACCACAUGAGGGAUGAAAAUGAAAUGAUUUAUGACUUUGAAAGUCCUGGUUCUCCAAAACAAAGCUCAAUUCUGAAGGUAUCCAAAUUGCUUGACAACUAUCUUGCUGAAGUAGCACUGGACUCAAACUUGUUGCCAUCAAAGUUCACAUCACUUGUGGAACUACUUCCAGAUCAUGCACGUAUUGUAAGUGAUGGACUCUAUAGAGCUGUUGAUAUCUUCCUUAAGGUUCAUCCAAACAUGAAGGACUCAGAACGUUAUCGUCUCUGCAAAACCAUUGACUGCAACAAACUAUCUCAAGAAGCCUGCAGCCACGCCGCACAAAACGAAAGACUACCAGUGCAGAUGGCAGUGCAAGUUCUCUACUUCGAGCAAAUCAGGCUCCGGAACGCCAUGAACGGCGGAGGCAACAACCAAUUCUUCUUCGGCGCCGGGUUCAACGCUCAUCAAUUCCCUCAACGUUCAGGGAGCGGUGCAGGAAGCGGAGCCAUUUCUCCGAGAGACAACUACGCUUCAGUGAGAAGAGAAAACAGAGAGCUGAAGCUUGAGGUUGCGAGGAUGAGAAUGAGGCUCACUGAUUUGGAGAAAGACCAUGUUUCCAUGAAGCAGGAGCUUGUGAAGUCUCACCCUGCGAACAAGCUGUUCAAAUCUUUUACAAAGAAAAUGAGCAAGCUCAAUGCUCUGUUUCGGAUGAAUGGUAUCAAGAUGAAUGGUGCUGGUUCUGAGAGCAGGUUUCCUUUUGCAAAGAGAAGGCGUCACUCAGUUUCAUGAUUAUAGUAUGUGGAACAGAAAGAAUGUAUAUAGAAUGUAUUAUGCAUGGAGUGAUUGUGUAAUUUUUUCACUCCAUAGUUUUCUUGUGUUUUAAUUGCUUAAUGGUGUCAUUACUCAAACUUUGGCUGGACUAUCAUGAAUCAUGAUCCAAACUAAGAGUAACUUUUAGAAAAACAUGGAAAGAAAAUUUACCCAAA